AUGGCUCUGAUUGCAUUCUUGGUGAACAAGGGAGAUGAGGAAGAACCUUUGCUCUGGGUGAUUUACUGCUGGGAAGUCACCGUACACUGGGAACAGAAAGUCAAUGAGAAGCCAACGUGUGUGUUUUGGAAGACGACGGAAGGUGAAAGUGUCUGGUCCAGUAAGGGUUGUGUAACGUAUGGUUUCAAUCAGACACACGUGGACUGCCAGUGUGACCACCUCACAAGCUUUGCUAUUUUAAUGGCACUUGUUGAACCUAAGGAUGACCGACACUUGGAGGUGAUCACCUACAUCGGCCUCAUCAUCUCUCUGCUGUGCCUCGCCGCCUCCAUCGCCAUCUUUGUCAACUGCAGCUCCAUCCAGAACGCCAACACCACCGUCCACAAGCAUCUGAGCAUCACCCUCUUCCUGGCACAGUUCGUCUUCCUGAUAGGAAUGUGGAUUAAACACAAUGUGAGAAAUCAAGUUCAAGUUCAAGUGGUGUGCAGGCUGAUUGCAGGCUGUUUGCAUUACCUCUUCCUCGCCGUCUUCGUCUGGAUGUUCCUGGAGAGUUUGCAGCUUUUCAUCAUGUCCAAACACCUCACCGUCACAAACUACAGCCGCACGCACGUCAUCAAACUAAAAUACCUCUACAUUUCCAGCUACGCCGUGCCUGCUGUGAUAGUCAUUAUCUCCGCUGCAAUAAAACCCAAAGGCUACGGGUCAAAAAAACACUGUUGGCUGAGCCUGGAGUCGGGCAUCCGCUGGAGUUUCCUGGGACCGGUCUGCCUGCUGAUCGUGGUCAACACCGUGCUGCUAGCUUGGACUCUCGGCCUACUGAGGAAACAUUUUGCCUCACGCAACAAGGAAGUGUCGAAGCUCAAAGAAACCAGAACCCUGACCCUCAAGGCUGCCGCACGGAUGCUUGUUUUGGGAACCACCUGGAUCUUCGGGAUAUUCCAGGUGAAUGAGAGCACCUUGGUGUUCUCCCACUUGUUCACCAUCAUCAACAGUCUGCAGGGGCUGUUCGUUUUCCUCAUUUACUGCGUCUUCAACCGCCAGGUGGCGACUCAAUGUCGGAAAUGGUUGACCAGAAAGUACAAGAGGUUCACCACCGAAUCGUCAGAGAUUGAGAUGAGCACGUCUGAGACUUAUAAAACGUUAUAAGCGGAAGGUUCAAGACUCAAGGACAAGAUUUAUCUCAGUGGAUUUUCCUCCUUUCAUGCUCUCUCACUGUCGUUCCCCAUCUCCCUCUGCUUUCCACCCCGAAGAUUGUGGGUUGAAGUCACGCUCCAGUGGUGGGAGAUUUACGUUUCAGGACUGCUCGCUCCUCCAGAGUUAUCUGGCUCAUCCUGGGCUUGUGAAAAGACACUGUCGAAUGUAAGGCAGUGUCUGCAAGUGAGCUGAUCAGGGAAUGUGUGGAUGAGCAUUGGCUUAUUUGCAUGUGACCACAAAUAUAUUUCUGGGCUUUUGCUCAUUUUCCAAGUUUUUCCCAACCAUCCAGCGUUAUUCACCCUGAGAUACUCAGCAGUGCGGGCAACACUGUUGGCAUCUGAUUUGAAGUCAACGUCAGCCCAGAUUUGGACUUGACCUUAUCCCAAACGUUGCAAACAAAAGUAUGGAUUGGCUCAUGUGCACGGUCCAGAUACACACAGAUCAUGUACACACGUGUACACCACAUACUGACAGAUGCAACACACCUGCAAAACAGAUCAGGAAAGAACGUGGACAUGUACACAAUUCAUAGA